AUGCUACUUCAACAAGAAUUUAAAUGGACGAAAGAUGCGAGUGAGGCAUAUGAACAAAUUAAGAAUGCUCUAAUAUCUCCUCAAGUACUAACACCAUAUGACCCUUCACUUCCAUUGAUUUUAGCAACAGACGCUAGUAAAACGGGAUUGGGCGCUGUGAUGUCACAUAGGUUCCCGAAUGGUUUAGAACGACCCAUUGCGUACGCCAGCCGCACGUUAACUUCAACAGAACUCAAGUACCCGCAAAUCGACAAAGAAGCGUUGGCGAUAGUAUGGGCUGUUAAAAAAUUCUUUAAAUACCUGUAUGCUAUAAAUUUUACGCUGGUAACAGAUCAUAAGCCGCUCUCACAAAUUUUGCACCCAGAAAAGAGUUUAUCUUCACUGUGCAUUAGCCGCAUGGCUAACUAUGCCGACUUCCUCAGUAACUUUAAUUACAAAAUAAUCUGCAAACCAACGAAGGCCAAUGCAAAUGCUGACUACUGUUCGAGAAUAAUGCAGACCACCAACAUUUUACAGGUAAAUACGAAUCUGGUGGCGAUAGAUGCUUCGAUGGAUCCUGGGGAUGAAUUCGACGAAUUUGUUAUCCGGCAGAUUAAGCAGUUGCCAAUUAAAGCAUCUCAUAUUGCCCUGGAAACUAAAAAAGACCAACAUUUAGGGAAAAUUGUCCAACUUCUGGAGUCGGGCCACUGCCUGAGAAGAGCAGGAUACGCAGCGCCUGAAGAAAAUUAUCAGCUGUCAUCAGGUUGUCUUACGUUUGAACACAGGGUAGUGGUUCCAUCGGUACUUCGAGAAAAGAUACUCAAGGAUCUCCAUGCAGCACACCUGGGUAUAGUGAAAAUGAAAGGAAUGGCACGAUCCUUUGUAUAUUGGCCGUUAAUUGACAGAGAUAUCGGAAAGGUUGCGAAGGCAUGUAAUGCGUGUGCCAUGAUAGCUAACAAACCAACCAAAUUCGGAGAGCACCAUUGGGAAUACCCAAGUGGACCAUGGCAACGGAUUCAUAUCGAUUACGCUGGACCGUUCCUGGAUUCUAUGUUUUUAAUUGUAACGGAUGCAUUUAGUAAAUGGAUGGAAGUCAAAAUGACUUCAACAUCUACGUCUUCUGCAACAAUUUCAAUACUGGAUGAAAUGUUUUCUACAUAUGGUGUUCCCAAGACCGUGGUGUCGGACAAUGCGACGAACUUUUCAUCGGAAGAAUUUAGGCAAUUUCUGAAAAAUAGUGGCGUUGUAUACCAUAAACAGUCUGCUCCAUAUCAUCCAGCGGCCAACGGUCAGGUUGAAAGAUGUGUACAAACAAGAUGUGUACGUAUAGGAGACCUGCAUUACCAAAUUGAAUACGGAGGAAAGUUAUUAAAAAGACAUAUUGAUCAAAUUCGAUCGGCGAAAUUUAAUACACUUCAUACCGGAAAUAACAGUAGAGUGCCACAAAGACCGAAGCCCAGUACUAUGUGCCGAACGAGUACACCAAUGGUAGGACAGAUGCCGAGGAGAAAUUCAAACAAUGUGGUUUUACAUUCUACACCAACAGGAGAAUCUGGCAGAAAUGAGGAUAGUUCGGAUAGUCAACAGACGAAUGAACAAUUAAUCGAAGUAGAUCAGGAAAUAUCCGAAGUCGAAAAUAGUACUCCUACCGGCCGCCGAAUACCCACUCCAGUAAUAGUUCCCAGACGUUCAACCAGACAGAGAAAGCCUCGCGUGUUAUUCUCCCCCUAA